GAGGAGGAGGCAAAGUCAAGUAAAGGAGAGUCUGGAGGCAUGAUGAAUGAUGGGAGAGAGGGAGGAGAUGGAAUCCACUCACAGGCACACGCACAGCUGUCUAAGAUGAACAAUGCCACAGACGCAGACAGAAAGCAAUGGCCCAUAGAGAAGUUGCUAGAAGAGCUCCAGAAGACAGAGGAGGAAAACCUGAAUCUGAAGCUGCAGCUACAGAAGUGCCAAGAGGGCAUGGCAUCCCAUUCACUGGACAUCAUCAAGAAUGUUGUGAACCACCAACUGCCUACUCUUGAGGAAAGGCCUCUCUCCUGCCCUGAGGUUGCCAGGUAUUCUCGUCAGCUCAUCCUGCCUGAGAUAGGUCCACAGGGACAAAGAAAGUUGCUAGCAGCCUCUGUUCUAAUUGUUGGAUGUGGUGGCCUUGGAUGCCCAGCAGCAAUAUAUUUAGCUGCUGCUGGGGUUGGACGGAUUGGGUUGGUAGAUUAUGAUGCCGUUGAGUUGAGUAACCUCCAUAGACAGGUAUUGCACACAGAAAAAAGGGUUGGGAUUCCUAAAGUUCUCUCUGUAGCUCAUUCAGUUAAGGCAUUGAACAGUGAGUUGAAUGUUGUUCCCUAUGAGAUUUCCCUUACAAGUGAAGUGGCCUUAGAGGUGGUCAGGCAAUAUGACGUUGUGUUGGACUGCACUGAUAAUGUGGCCACCCGAUACCUACUUAAUGAUGCCUGUGUGAUGGCAGACAAGCCCCUCGUGUCUGGCUCAGCCCUGAGGUAUGAGGGUCAGUUGACUGUCUAUCACUACAAAGGAGGCCCAUGUUUCCGCUGCAUCCAUCCUAAGCCACCACCCCCAGAGACUGUAACAAACUGCUCUGAUGGAGGUGUAUUGGGAGUAGUUCCAGGUAUCAUAGGGAGUGUGCAGGCACUGGAAGCCAUCAAAAUUGUAAGCAGUUUGGGAACCCCCCUCUCACAAAAACUCCUUGUGUUUGAUGGUCGUCAGGGAAUGUUCCUGACAGUCAAACUACGUGGCAGGAAUAGCACCUGUGAUGUGUGUGGGGAGGAGCCCUCCAUAAAGCAUCUUAUAGAUUACGAGCAAUUUUGUGGAGCUGCACCCACUGACAAAGACAAGGGACUGACACUGCUGGAAAAGGACAAGAGAGUGACAGUUGAGGAGUACAAAGCACUUGUGGAAGCUGAGGAACCGCACAUCCUCAUAGAUGUGAGGUUGCCCAUUGAGCUGGAAAUAUGCUCCCUCCCCAACUGUAUCAACAUUCCCUUGAAAAAACUAAAUAAAACAGAAAGUAUUGACUUGAUUCAAACUAAACUUUCCGGGCUAGCAACAAAGAAUGUCAUCUGUGUCUGUCGAAGAGGAAAUGACUCUCAAUUAGCAGUGCAGCAAUUAGAGUCCUCUCUCUCCCAGCUAGACUGUAAUGUCAAGGAUAUAGUGGGUGGUCUGACAGCUUGGGCUCACAAGAUUGACACCUCUAUGCCUGUCUAUUAACAUCCUAGGAUUUUGUAUUGCUAAAGCAUGGAAUAUCAUCAGUGAUUUAGAACUUAUUUUAUAGCCCAACUAUCAAGAAUAUACUGUAUAAACUUGUUUACAGCCACUCAUUAGUACACAUGUGGAUCUAGCUAUGAUUUAAAUGUAAUAAUAAUCUGGGAAUGAUUUUCCAUGUUUCAGUAAGAGCAUACAAAAAUGACAGGGAAAGAAAACUAAACAUAGUAAAAUACA